AUGAACUUGAAGGUUGCCUCACCAAUCCGACUCGCCAUUCUCGAGGCUGACACACCCUUACCCAAUACCAAAGCCAAGUUUCAAGGGUAUGGCGGUGUCUUUGAGUUGUUGUUGAGAUCAGGCGCAAAGGCGCUGGAACGGCCGGAUUUUGAUGCCACCACGGGCCUUGAGAUCUCGCGUUGGCAGAUCGAGUUGGAGCCGGAAAAGUAUCCGAAUCCAGAGGACAUUGACGCUAUCUUGAUAACAGGCUCAAGGCAUGACUCAUUUGCCGAUACACCCUGGAUCAAUACACUGGUCGAAUAUACUGCCAAAAUCCUGACCGAGACUUCUGUGCGGGCAAUUGGUGUUUGUUUCGGACAUCAAAUCAUUGGCCGUGCUUUGAAAGCCGGUGUUGGCCGCAAUCCAGAUGGGUGGGAAGCUGCCGUGAAUGAUGUCCAGCUCAGUGAGAAAGGAAAGGAGAUAUUCGGCGUGGAUAAAAUUAGAAUCCACCAGAUGCAUAGGGAUAUCGUGUUCAACUAUCCCGAGGGCGUUGAAGCACUCGGUUCUUCACCUGUCUGCAAGGUCCAGGGCAUGUACGUGGCUAAGAAACUCAUCACCGUGCAAGGCCACCCGGAGUUCAACGAGGAGAUCAUGACCGAGAUCCUUGACACACGCCAUGCAACCGGUAUCUUUGAUGACGAGGCGUACAAUGCGCAUUUUAAAAAGGUUGCACUACCGCACGACGGCCUGGUUGUCAGCAAGGCGUUUUUGAGAUUUUUGUUAGAACAAUGA